GCUUUCUUUCUGAAGAGGGAUCCAUCUUGAAAUCAAAUCUCCACUUACAAAUCAACUUUAGCUCUUUGCGGGGUCUCGCAAGAUUUCUCCUGAACGAGAUCAAAUUUGCAAUCAUGAGUUCUUCCAAUGAUGCACCUCAAUUGACGGAUUCCGCUUGGCUCAAGAAGACAGGUUGGAUGUCGAUGAAUCAUUUCAUGCUUUCUUACCAACUCAAAAUGGAAAAUGACAACGAUUACGAGCAGGGCAAGAUUAUUCUGGCGGCAAUUAGAGCGGCAGAACAAGACGAAGCGGCAUCCGACGCAGAAAGAUCUACCGGUAUUUCGAACACUCCAAGACAGACGCAGACCAAUGGUGCCAUGAAUCAUAAUGGUGGAAAAAACUCGGAUGCUCCCGGUAAUCAAGAUGGAAAGCAGCAUUCAGCAAGUGAAAACACUGAUCCAAGUGGGACUAGCCUCGAUGACAAGCGACCAGUUGAAUUCAUGGGAACUUUGAGGUCAUAUCCAUCUUAUGGUAAUGGCGGAUCAGCAAAAGACUGAGGUCAUCAUUUCGACUUGAAAACUUCGCGUGGAUAUAAUUGUUUGGGAGAUCAUGCUUCAAGACAUACUUAAAAAUUGUACUGGUACAAAGUGAACCGGAAGACUGGUGUUGACACCAGAAGGACACAAGUUAUAGACUUUAGCUAUCACACAAUGAGGAAGUUUUGUUUACGCCA